UAAAAUAUAAAACAUGGAUUAUGAAACUCUCUUUGCCAUUCUGCCCAAAGAACCAAAAAAAUGGUCAAGGGAAGAUGUAUCAUAAUGGCUCAAUUUUGUUGGUUUACAGUCAUUGUAAAGCACUUUCAGUAUGUAUUCUACUUAAGAGUAGUAAAUAAUUCAAUUGAUGGCUCAUGUUUAGAAUUAAUAGAGGAAAAUGACUUAAUUGAUGAUCUUGGAAUCAAUAGUAAGAUAGUUAGGAAAAAGUUAAUGCAUUGUAAAUGUAAUUUUAAAGAAAGGGUUGAAAAAUGGAUUAAAAGAGUAUGCUUAACACAUUAAAUCAGUUAUGGUUGACGAUAAACGAUGCGAUAAGAUGGAAUAAGAAAACACUUCUCUUGAAAAUACAGAAUCAGCACAAGCAUAAUAUGGAUAAAUUAAUAUAUCACAUGACAUGAUGACCAAUUACAUUAAGAAUAAUGAAAUGUUAUCUCAAUAGUUCCAAUAGCCAUUAUGUGAAAUGUAAUCAUCAUACACUAUAAUCUAGUGAAAACAGGCCCUAGUUUUUAAAGAAAUAAUAAACCGGCAUUUAAUUAGAAUAGGAAGUUGAAAGCUUUGUACCAAAAGUAUAAAAUGAACUCAUCAUUCAACCAACUGAAGGACCUCAGACUAAUUUUUAUUGUAUAAAGGAAUCAGGAGGGAAAAUAGGAAGACAUUCUAGUAAUCAGAUACUAAUAUUGGAAGAAAGCAUUAGUAGAUUUCAUGCUGAAAUAGUCUUUUAAAAUGAAGAUGUAAUUUUAGUGUUUUAUGAAAUAGUUUUUCAUUAAAGACAUUGGAUCAACUACUGGGACUUUCAUCAAAGUAGAAAGCAAAUUAGAAUUAGAAAUUGGAAUGGUUAUAGAAUUGGGUAGCAAUUAAUUUGAAAUUUAGUAAUUGAUUUCCAAUAAUCAAAUAGUGGAAGUAAGCAAUCUUCAUCUAUUUCUAGGUUGUCAUGCUCAUUAUUGAAGGACUGAAUUCCUCAGAAAAACAUAUCAUUGCUUUGAACUCCUAAAAGUGCGUUACUACUGUAGGCAGAAAGCAAACUGCAGAUCUCACUUUUAGCGAGGAUCAUCAUCUCUCAAAUAUUCAUGCCAAGAUCUGCCUUAUUGAGGGACGUGUGUAUUUGGAAGACAUGGGAUCAACUAACGGGUAUAUUUAUUUAAUGUUAUGGUAGUUCCUGGUUGAGAUUGUCUAAAGAAGGACUGUUCUCAUAGUUAUAUCCAUUACAAAAUCAAACGGUUUUCAAAAUUGGAACCACUUCUACAUAUUUAUGUAAAAGAACCACUCAAUUGAUCACCGAUAAGAAUAAUGAGAAUAGUUGUAUAAUUUGUAUAGAAAAUGAUCGAGAUGCUCUAUACAUGCCAUGCAAGCAUAAUACUGCUUGUCUUAAAUGCAGCAAGAAUUUAAAAGACUGUCCAAUUUGCAGAACCAAAAUCCAAGAUGUUAUCAGGAUCUACAAAAACUGA